AUGACUAGACAAAAAACGAGGUUUCAAAUUAUAUUACCUCUAGUUUUCCUCUCAUGGCUUUUCUUGAUCCAUCAUGCUUCAUCACAAAGAUCCACUUACAUUAUCCACAUGGACAAAUCCUCCAUGCCCAAGGCAUACUCCAGUUGCCACCGUUGGUACUCCACUACCAUAAACUCCAUGAGAGCAAUGAAUGUCGAAGCAUCAGAAAUCCACCACCAUCGAGAGGCGAAGCUUGUCCACACAUACGACAACGCGUUCCAUGGAUUUACAGCAGUGAUGUCUGAGAAUGAGCUAGAGUCCUUAAGGAACUCACCUGGCUUCAUUUCAGCUCACAAGGAUAUGCCUAUUGUACCUGACACGACACACACACACACACACAAGUUUCUUGGAUUAAACACUGCCUCCGGCAUAUGGCCGGAAUCCAAGUAUGGGGAGGACGUGAUCAUUGGUGUGGUAGACACUGGAAUCUGGCCAGAGAGCCCGAGUUUCAGAGACGUGGCCCUCCCUCAAAUCCCUGCACGGUGGAAGGGAACCUGUGAGGCCGGUCAGGAUUUUAACUCAUCACAUUGUAAUAAAAAGAUCAUUGGAGCAAGAUUUUUCAAUCAAGGGGUUUUCGCAUCCAGUCCUGAUGUCAAGAUAAGCAUGAACUCUACGAGGGAUAUCUUCGGCCAUGGCACGCAUGUGGCGUCCAUAGCAGCUGGGAGUCAUGUAGAGGGAGCUUCGUUCUUCGGCUAUGCUCCCGGGACAGCAAGAGGGGUGGCACCCCGGGCUAGACUGGCGAUAUACAAGGUCCUCUGGGAUGAAGGGGCCUACGAGUCUGAUGCUCUUGCAGGUAUCGACCAGGAUGUUGCAGAGGGUGUCGAUGUCCUGUCCAUCUCCUUGAGUUACCUUACCAUUGAUCUCUACGAGAAUCCAAUCGCCAUCGCUGCAUUUGGAGCGAUGGAGAAGGGCAUCCUCGUUUCUGUUUCAGCAGGGAAUCGAGGUCCAGGCUUCGCAACUGUGCUCGAGGGGAUCCCUUGGACCAUCAUCGUGGCAUCAGGAACCAUUGAUCGUUGGUUCUCCGGGGAGCUGACAUUAGGGAAUGGAGUGAGCAUCACAGGGUGGACGAUGUUUCCUGCACGUGCCACGGUUAGAAACUCGCCUCUCGUCUACAAUGAAACCUUAUCAGCUUGUAACUCAACUGAGGUGUUGAGAGAAGCUCCAUCUGAUAGCAUCAUCAUCUGUGUUGAAUCUUUUGAAACUCCAGAGCUCGCAGAUCAGAUUACUUAUCUGUCCCAGUCGAAUGUCCGAGCAGCAAUCAUCAUUUCUGAAGAUACGAGCAUACUAAGAUCCACCGAAUUUCCUUUUCCCGGAGUCGUGAUCACCCCCUCGGGAGCAGAGGCAUUGGUCAGUUAUGCAUCAUCAGAUAGUACGCCCACUGCGAGUAUUGAUUUCCAACAGACCAUUCUUGGAACCGAGCCGAGAGCUGCUCCGGCCCUUUCAGCCUCCUCGUCGAGAGGCCCUGGCCGAAACUAUCGACCAAUCUUGAUGCCCGAUAUAAUGGCUCCGGGAGUCCUCAUCUUAGCAGCAUAUAAUCCUUAUUCGUCUGAAGCUAGUAUCGGGAGAAACAUAUUUCUUGCAAGCGACUAUACCCUUCUGUCUGGAACUUCAAUGGCUUGCCCUCAUAUAUCUGGUAUUGCUGCGCUCCUCAAAGCCGCACAUCCCGAGUGGAGCCCUGCAGCUAUCCAGUCUGCGAUGAUGACCACGGCAAAUCCACUGGAUAACACCAACCAGCCGAUCAAGGACAUGGCAUUCAACUAUCGUCUUGCUACCCCUUUAGGCAUGGGAGCAGGGCAAGUUGAUCCAAACCGUGCACUUGACCCAGGUCUCGUUUAUGAUGCAACAGUGCAAGAUCACGUCAAUCUUGUGUGUUCCAUGAAUUUCACCUCCGAACAAACACGCACCAUCAUCAGAUCAAGUUACAACUGCUCAAACCCAUCCUCGGACUUGAACUACCCGUCUUUUAUGUUUCAGUACGAAACUGAAGAAAACAGAACAACCGCAGCUCAGUUCAAGAGGACGCUCACAAACGUAGGGAACAGAGCAGCUACAUACAAAGUCAAGCUAGAAGAACCAAAGAAUGCCAGUGUCAUAAUAUCACCAGAGACAUUAGUUUUCAGGAAGAAAUAUGACAAGCAAAGCUAUUCUGUGACUAUUCGUUACACGAGUAUCAGCGAGAUCGAGAUCGAGCUCGAGACAGCAGAUGGCUCACUCAUUUGGAUUGAAGUGAAUGGCAAGCACACAGUCAGAAGCCCCAUUGUGGUCUAUCCUAGGCUCAACAAUGAUGAUUAGUUUCUGCUAUCCUUUUUUAAUAGAAAAAUGCAUUCCAUGCUUUUGUUCAUUAUGCCUAUUCGAAUAAUGUAACAGUUUGAAUAAUCAGAUUGACAGUUUCAGAAAAAAAAAAUCAACUCAAUGAGAAAAAGCUAAUGUACAUAUAUUAAUUUGAAGAGCAGUUUCAAUUCGAGUAUAUGGAAAAAUGUGUUCGUCUAUGGAGUUGAAAUACUCUGCACACAAUUGUACACAAAUUAUCCGAUUCAGGCAUUUCUUCAAGCAGCUGACAGACACAACAGAACAUAGUUUCUUACUCUAGGAGUUCUGAUGGCGGAGAGUUCGAUUAAGCAUCGCAUGGCGCUUUCACUCUCAUUCAUUAACCAUUCAUACGAGCUAGCUGAGGUUGUGAUUCCAAAAUUAGAGAUUUUCAAUAUUCAUUGCCCUAAUUAUGCAUCUGUUGCUACACAUCA